AUGCGAGCCACUGCGGGCGGAAGCCCGCGGGAUUGGGGCUCCCGUUCCCAAGUUCACGACGGGUCUGUGAUAGUAAGCAGCGUUGGCGUGAGCCCGGCUUAUUUUCAGACCACUGGGUCUGUGGUUUCGGCCAGCUCCUGUAGCUCCUACCAGGCUGCACGGCCUUUAUAUCAGCCGAGCGCCACGGACUUAAAGGUCUUCAGCGAGGCUUUCGUGGGCCAUCUGCAAGUUGUCACGACCUGCUUCUCGCAGACAGACAGGGACUUGCUAGGAGCCGCUGGGAUCACGCAAAAUUUCGUGGUGGAGCUUAUAGGUUCAGCGCAGAUGGUGGCUGGCAAGCUUGCAACAACGGCAAGCGAUGCCCUCGACAAGCUUCCGACACUACUUUGGGCAGCAAGAGGGCACGGAAAUGCGGAGCUGCAUGAGUGCACGGUGGAGCUUCAUGGCAGCAUCGCAACGAUGCGGAAGGAGGCGCAGUCAGUCCGUGCUGACUACAUCGACUUGCUGAAGUACGCGCAGUAUCUGGGGCAGUGCACGCAGCUCACAGUGGACCAGUUGGUGAUGAGCUCUUUGCCCGAGCCUGUCGAGGAUGAGAGCGGAAGCCUCGAGUGCCAAUCUCAAUUCGGCUUGGAGCUCACCGACGCGCAGAAAGACUCGCAGAGGUACCUGGAGCUGACGCUUGUGCAUCUGGACAGCAUGUGCCAGGUCUUGGAGGAUUGCUCUGACUUCUGGCUGAUGCUUCACGAGGCAGAGCUGCAACUCCGGAAGCUGGAGAAGGAGUCCAAGUUGCUCUCAGAGGGCCCUCGCCCGGAGAGUGAGCACAGGCGUGGUGGCAAGGUCGCUCUGCAGAGCUUCUGUGAGCAUGUCCGCUCCUUCUGCGGUACCUACUCUGGGAUCGCGCCCCCCAACGUCAAGCCGCAGCUGCCUGUCCAUCAGGCCUGA